AUGGUGUUGUCUGGCUCAUGGCUCAGCCUGGACCAGUGUUCUGAGCUCACCGGGUACGGGCAGGAUGACGAGACAAAGGGCUGCAGCUCCAACGCAUCCACUCAAAAUGCUGUCGCUCAUUACACAACACAACUGACAGUGAAGUGUGAAGGAGUGACGGAAACUGUGAAUGGAGAGAAACGUAACAGCCACGUCUGCAAACGGCACCAGCUGUUGGUGUGUUUCCAGUCAGUAACCAGCUGUGUUUUACGUACCUUCGAGGUAAAGAUUGACAGUCAGUGCACAGAUCGGAGCUGUAGAGGUAUCUUCCCUGCAUCUGUCCUGAAAUCUGCAGCACCCUGCUUCCACAUCACUGCCCUCAUUCUGGAGAGCCGCUGGAAAACGAUGGGUUGCAUCUGUGUCUGUAAAUCAUGUAGAAAUCUGCAAGUCUUCUUGUGCAGAGAACUUGAACCUGGAUUUAUAUUCAUCCUGGACCAGAUGCUGCCGAAGUUCUGUGCAAAACAAUGUGAGAAAGGCAGAGUGGAGAGUGUGCAGCCUGUCCCCAGCCGAUGGGUUGGACGUUUUUUCCUGGCGGCCGUGUUACUUCUCGGGACGUACAUAAGAAGAAUGAAACUAUCACCCAGUGCUGUGAAUGAGAGUAACUCCACAAUGGCAAUGCUCUUAAGCCUCACACUGCACUCCUUCCCCACCCAGCAGCCCUCUGAGUGGCCCAGCAUCACUGUGGGGGUCUCUGUCGCCGUCUACCUCUCGUGUGCUUUGGGUAGAACUGUGCAUGUGUUACUUGCCUACAGGGCUGUGAUGAAACUGCUAUGUCCGACACAGCGGCAGUUUGGAGCUCUGCCUCUCACUGUGCUGUUCCUCUGGUUGACCUGUGGCCUUCGUCUGCUGAAUAAGAAUGUGAGACACUGGAUGGAAGACGCACUUGCUGAGGGCAACGGAGGAUCAACUCUGAGUUCCUGGGCUUUGUUAGUGCUGCUGGCUGCUUUUACACGCAAAUUGAUAGACAACGGCUACCACGCAUUGCCGUAUACAUACUGCGAAAAGAUGAAUGACAGGGAACUGAAGUUUGCCAGGAUAGUGAUGUUUACAGUGGAGGAGAUCAACAGAGAUUCUAAGCUCCUUCCUGGAUUGAGUCUGGGCUACAGGCUGUACAAUGGCUGUGGGAGUGAGAACCUGAUUCGAGCAGCAGUGGAAGCCGUAUAUGGAGAGGAUUCAAAGGGCUGCGCUGAUCAGAUACAGGCUCUCCUGGGCCAUUCCUCCUCCGGAGUGAGUAAAGAUAUAAACAUCAUUCUCAGCCCGCUAUCCAUUCCACAGGUGAGCCAUCUCUCCACUUGUGCUUGCUUGAGUGACAAAAAGCAGUUCCCCACAUUCUUCAGAACUGUGCCCAGUGACCGCUUCCAAGUCAUUGGUCUGGUGCAGCUCAUGAAAUACUUUGACUGGCGCUGGGUGGGGAUUAUUUAUACUACGGGCUUGUACUCAGACGAAGGUACAAUGGCAUUUGCAAAGGAAGCAGAAAAAGAGGGCAUAUGUGUUGAAUACCGGUUACUUUACUCAAAUACAAAUGUAAAAUUUCUUGCUAUUGUGGAGGCUCUGAGGAAAUCCUCGUCCAAGGUGAUCCUCUUGUUUUUGCCCUUAUACUACACCAAAUCGUUCUUGUCGAAAAUAGAGAAGUAUAAUAUCACUGGAAAGCAAUGGGUUGGCAGUGAGGCUUGGAUCACUCAAACAGACCUGGCUUCUGAUGGGAGAAAGAACCUUUUGCAGGGGGCGAUGGGCUUCGCCCUCCCUCAGGCCUCAAUACCAGGUCUUGCUGAAUUCUUACUCAGCUUUAAGCCCUCUGAUGAACCACAAAGUGCUAUAGUUAAAGAUUUCUGGGAGUCGUUCUUUGACUGCAGCUUCUCUCCGUCAAAUACUUCUGCUACGUGUACUGGCAGAGAAGAUCUCAGCACAGUCUCCAGUGAGUACACAGACGUGACACAUUUUAGGGAAGAGAAUAAUGUGUACAAAGCUGUGUACUUGGUGGCAUAUGCUAUUCACGCACUACUGCAAUGUCACAAUGGCUCAAAUCCAACCACUGGAAAGUCCUGCGUGACUAAAGACCAAGUGUUGGAGCACAUUAAGUUUGUGAACUUCACAACACAGAGUGGGGCCAAGGUUUUCUUUGAUGAAAAUGGAGACUCAGUUGCCCAGUAUGACUUAGUUAACUGGCAAAUAAAAGAUGAUGGCUCUGUUGAGAUCGUAAACAUCGGUCAAUUUGACACGUCUCUUCCAGAGGGGAAGAAAUUCCAACUAAAAGACAACACCAGGAUAGUGUGGGAAGGAAACAGUAUGCAGGUGCCGAGGUCUGUUUGCAGAGAGCCGUGUCCCCCAGGGACUCGAAAAGCGCUAAACAAGCAUAAACCUGUGUGCUGCUUCGACUGCUUUGAGUGCCCCGAGGGAUCAAUUAGUAAUGAGACAAAUUCUCCGGACUGUUUGAUCUGUCCACCUGAACUUUGGCCGAAUGAAAAGAAAGACCAGUGUCUCCCGAAGCCGACUGAGUACCUCUCCUACAAAGAGAUCAUGGGGGCACUUUUAACUGGAUUUGGUUGUGUAGGCAUAUUUUUGUCUCUUCUGAUUUCAACCAUUUUUCUGACUCAUAAAGAGACUCCCAUUGUUAAAGCCAACAACUCCGAGCUGAGCUUCCUGCUCCUCUUCUCACUAAAACUCUGCUUCCUGUGCUCCCUCACCUUCAUCGGCCGGCCCUCUGAGUGGUCCUGCAUGCUGCGACACACUGCGUUCGGCAUCACCUUCGUCCUCUGCAUCUCUUGUGUCCUGGGGAAAACUAUAGUGGUGUUAAUGGCCUUCAGGGCGACACUUCCUGGCAGAAAUAUGAUGAAAUGGUUCGGUCCUGCACAGCAGAGGCUCAGUGUUCUGAGUUUCACCCUGGUUCAGGUUGUAAUUUGUGUACUUUGGCUCACAACAAACCCUCCGUUUCCAAGGAUGAACAUGAAAUACUAUAAAGAUAAGAUCAUCUUAGAGUGCGCUCUGGGGUCAGCUGUCGGGUUCUGGGCUGUGCUGGGUUACAUCGGACUUCUUGCUCUUUUGUGUUUCAUUCUUGCUUUUUUUGCCAGGAAGCUGCCAGACAGCUUUAAUGAGGCCAAACUGAUCACUUUCAGCAUGUUGAUAUUCUGUGCAGUCUGGAUCACAUUCAUCCCGGCAUAUGUCAGCUCUCCUGGGAAGUUCACUGUGGCUGUGGAGAUAUUUGCUAUUCUGGCCUCCAGCUUUGGCUUGCUGACAUGCAUUUUUGUUCCAAAAUGCUACAUUAUCAUAUUCAGGCCAGAACAUAACUCAAAGAGACACUUGAUGGGGAAAAUACCACCAAGGACACUUUGA